UCCAAUUAUUCAGUGAAAGUAAUUGGGUCUUUUUGUUUGCCUUCUUAGUUUUAUAUAUUAGGAUCUGAGAUUUUCUUUUAAUGUGUAUUCUUUCAUUUAUGAGUUAUGAUGAGUUAAAUAUUACCAGGAGUCAACGUUCCUUUUUCAUAAAGUCCUCCUUAUUCGAACUAAUUUUCUAGUGACAACAUCUUUUAUUUUUCUCUAUCAAUGAGAACAAAUAUGAUCCCCUGAAAUCAGCUCAUUCAACACAAUUUUUUUCUUUCCCCAAUCCCCUUCCAUUUUUCUCACAAAACAAACAUAAUUUAAUCUUACUAGCACAUACUAUUGAAGUUUUCUUCUUUUCAUUGUACUAUACAUUAUGUUCCAAUUCUAGCUACAGAAACUGAAACAUGGGAACAGAAAGUGAAGUAACAGAAUCAGGAGGCGGAAUCAGGCGAAGAAACUGUUUAUGCACAAAAGACGAUUUUCUACCUGAAGAAUCAUUCAAGAGCUGGGGAAAUUACGCGAACGCGCUGAGGCAAACGCCAACGAGGUUUAUAGAAAGGGUGCUAACGCGAUCAGAUGAUGCGACUGAGCUAGAGGCAAAGUCACGAAGUCAGCAUCAAAUGAAGAAGACACUGACCUGGUGGGACUUAAUAUGGUUCGGGAUGGGAGCAGUGAUUGGUGCCGGGAUUUUCGUAUUGACAGGGCUUGAAGCUAGCCAGGAUGCUGGUCCUGCUGUUGUUCUGUCAUAUGCUGUUUCCGGUUUCUCAGCCUUGCUUUCAGUCUUCUGUUACACAGAGUUUGCUGUUGAGAUCCCUGUUGCAGGUGGUUCAUUUGCUUACUUGAGGGUGGAGCUUGGUGAUUUCGUGGCCUUCAUUGCAGCAGGCAACAUUCUUCUUGAAUAUGUUAUUGGUGGUGCUGCAGUGGCUCGUUCAUGGACCUCAUACUUUGCAACUCUAUUGAACUUCAAGCCUGAUAGAUUCCUCAUUAAGGCUCAUGGUUUAGCUGAUGGCUACAACCAACUUGAUCCAAUUGCGGUUGGGGUCUGCUUUAUAAUCUGCAUCAUUGCAAUUCGCAGCACAAAGGGCUCUUCUCGUCUCAACUACGUUGCCUCCAUCAUUCACAUCGUCGUGAUCCUUUUCAUCAUCAUCUGUGGCCUAAUCAAGUCAGAUACCAAGAAUUACACCCCCUUUACGCCAUUUGGUGCUCGUGGUAUUUUCAAAGCUUCUGCGGUGUUGUUCUUUGCUUAUGUUGGUUUUGAUGCUGUUUCAACUAUGGCUGAGGAGACUAAGAAUCCUGCUCGAGAUAUCCCCAUUGGAUUAGUUGGUUCUAUGGUGAUUACAACCACUGUAUACUGUUUAUUGGCUAUAACACUCUGUCUAAUGCAACCUUAUCAGCAAAUUGAUCCUAACGCUCCGUUUUCUGUGGCGUUCAAAGCUGUGGGAUGGAGUUGGGCGCAAUAUGUUGUGGCUGCAGGUGCGUUGAAAGGAAUGACAUCUGUGUUGCUUGUAGGCGCGGUUGGUCAGGCUCGUUAUCUCACUCACAUUGCGCGAACUCACAUGAUGCCUCCGUGGUUUUCCUAUGUUGAUGAAAAAACUGGGACGCCCGUCAAUGCCACUGCCGUCAUGAUGAGUGCUACCGCAAUCAUCGCCUUUUUCACAAAGCUCGACAUUCUCUCCAAUCUCCUCUCCAUCUCCACACUUUUCAUAUUCAUGCUCGUGGCCUUGGCCCUCCUCGUUCGUCGUUACUAUGCGAGUGGCGUUACCACUAACGCAAACCGCAACAAGCUAAUUGUAUGCCUAUUGCUCAUCCUCGGGUCCUCAAUUGCCACGGCUGCUUAUUGGGGACUUAGUGAAAACGGAUGGAUUGCAUACUGCAUUACUCUGCCAAUUUGGUUUGCAGCAACUGCAGGAAUAUGUAUAUUUGUUCCUCAGGCUCGUAAUCCAAAGCUUUGGGGUGUGCCUCUUGUGCCUUGGUUGCCAUCAGCAUCAAUAGCAAUUAACAUAUUCCUACUAGGCUCAAUUGAUAAAGAUUCAUUCAUAAGAUUUGCUGGCUGGACAGGUUUUCUUUUGGCGUAUUACUUCUUUUUCGGGCUACAUGCUUCUUAUGACACGGCAAAGGAGUUCGAAAAGAGCAAAGGGUGGAAGAAUAGUAAUAUUGAAGAAGGAAAUGGUACUUCUAAAGGUGUAGAUAGCAAAGAAGCUCCUAUUACUCCUGUUGUUACUGGUAAUUGAAUUUUGUUUAAAUGUUACGUUAUGCUACUAGCUAGUGCUCCUAUUUAUUUCUCUUGGUGCAUGCAUAUGAUGUUAAUUAAUCCGUUGUACAGACUCUGUUUCUAAAGUAAACAAGUGAAAGUUGCUGCA